UCGACUGUGCCAACGGAUAGGUCCAUGGGUCCGUUAUUCCAGCUCAACACACACACACACUCAAUAUACCCUUCGCCUCUUGUUGCCUGUCAAAAGUGUCUCUGUUUUCUCUUCCGCCAGCCCCGUUUUCAUAACCAUCCAGUAACAACUCAAAAGUCAAAGAGGUUAUUUUUAGGUGCCGCUGAUUGCGGGACCUGACUGCUGACGGGCGAGACAUUCCGAAUUUCCUACGAUAGUUGUAUUUAAAAAAAAGUCACGAUGAUGAUGGCGAUGUACGAAGAUGACGGAGCCAACGUGAGCAGCACCAGUUUGCUGUUGACGACCGGUGGCGCUGGCGCUGGCCUGAAUAACAACCCUGGAAACUAUUUGGAGAGCAGCAACGGCAGUAAUUGGAGCAAUUGGACUGGCGAGUCGGAAGAUUACUUGAAGAACAGUCCGGCCGUCCAGGUCCACAUUUACAUUUUGUACGCCGUCAUCUUCACCGUGGGACUGGUGGGCAACGUCCUCGUCGUCUUCGUCGUGGCCCAAAACAAAGCCAUGCAGACCGUCACCAAUUGUUACAUCGCCAAUUUGGCUCUGUCCGACAUUUUACUCUGCGUCCUGGCCGUCCCCUUCACGCCACUCUACUUUUUCCUCAAAGAGUGGAUUUUCGGCAAAAUCCUGUGCCACUUGGUGGCCUACUCACAGGGGACAUCGGUUUACGUGUCGACGCUGACGUUGACUUCGAUCGCCAUCGACCGUUUCUUCGUCAUCUUGUACCCUUUCCGCCCGCGGAUGAAAAUGACCACCUGCUGGAUCACCAUCUGCAUCAUCUGGCUGGUGGCACUCUGCGCCACCCUGCCCUACGGCAUUUUCGUCGACAUUCGAAUCAUCUCAAACGUCACGUACUGCGAAGAGAGCUGGACGUCGGAUUACGACCGUCAAAUCUACGGAGCCGUCACGUCCGUCAUGCAGUUUGUCGUCCCGUUCGUCAUCAUGGCCUUCGCCUACACCAAGGUGUCGCUCAAGUUGGCCGACCGCAGCCGUGAAAAGGCCAAAAUCCGUCUGAGGAGUUGCCGCGGUGAGGAGCUGGAUCGCGAGCGCAAGCGGCGCACCAAUCGCAUGCUGAUCGCCAUGGUGACCAUUUUCGGAGCCUCAUGGAUGCCCCUCAAUCUCAUCAACUUGCUCAACGACCUCUACGCCGAAUACGGAAUGGCCUGGUGGAAAUACUACAACCUUUGCUUUUUCUUGGCUCACACGAUCGCCAUGUCGUCCACCUGCUACAACGUUUUCCUCUACGCCUGGCUCAACGACAACUUCCGCAAGGAGCUCAAACGCAUUCUGCCUUGCUUCCCAGCGCCGGCCGCUUCGUCCAGCACCGGCGGCGUCGUCGUCGGGGCCGCCAGCGUCAUGAAUCCCGUCCCAGGAUCGAUGGCCAUCGACGCCGCCGUCUCGGCCGCUAAUCAGAAACGCGGCGCACUCAACGGCGACCAGCAACGCGAUGCCACUCGCUCCAAUCCAAUGAAUCAAUCGCCCCAGUCAGAUUCUGAGGGUGAUGCUGAAUGUGCUACAUCAUGUGUGCAGAUCCUGCUUCCGGGCGAGACGGAAGACGGAGAACUGAUGAAUCACGACGACGACGACUAUCAGCCGACGUUUGAACCGGCCGCCAACGCCGCAUCGCCCGUUACUCCGGCUGAUGGUAAGGCCGCCGCCGCCAUUAACAACGUCGACCGGAAUCAAUGGCAACAGCAGCAGCAGCAACAACCGUCGGUCGUGAUUGAACUGACCCCCAUGACGUAUUCGACGGUAACAUCCGACACCUGCCCGCAGUGCUCCUCGUCGGCGGCCAAGACGUCGUUCAUGACAUUUGACGAGUUGGCAGACGCCAGCGCCCUCAUUAUCACUAAUAGCCCUGCAGCAGCAGCCAACAACCCAUCCGCCGCAGCCGUCACCAACUGUUAACAGCUGCCAAAAACUUGUACACAACUAUAGUCCACCAUCACAUCACAAACAGCAGCAGCAGCAAAUUGUAAAUGUCAAUCAAUGUUUUUAUUUUUCAUCCAUUUUUCUCCACUUCCGGUUUGUUAAAGGGGCGGCUGCUGCGCUACUCUGUAUAUUGGCCAAAUUUGUUUCUUUUCAUAUCUCAAUGUGUGUACAUAUAAAUAUAGAGCCCUACUAUUAAAUAUAAUUCGUGAAUGAUUUCGUGUUCAAUCACCAUACAAAUUAAGUGUGCUGUUCUCUCGUUCGAUGGAUCCUUCUUCUUUUGAUCGUUAUUAUUUUGGUCGUUUAAA